CUUCCGGUAGCUGUAUUUUGAAAGGAGGCAAGGCGGACGUGUCGUGGUGGCUGUUAUCUUUGCGGUUGAGUUUGAUGCCGCUCGCUCAGCAUCGACGCGGCAGGAAACGGACCGAGCAGCGGAUUGAGAGGAGGCGCACCGAGCAGCGGACCCAGAGGUGGACCGCCACCGACGGCGAAGCAGCAGCAGUAGCAUGGCGACGCAAGGAGCGGAGGCGCCCCUCGCCGUCCAGCUCGCCACGCCGCUGCCCGGCCACAACCUCAUCAACGGCGGGCCCACGCCGCCUAACAACCGCGGUUUGGAGCGGGCGCUGGAGGAGGCGACCAUCAGCGGUUCGCUCAACCUCAGUGCAAGAAAACUCAAGGAGUUCCCGCGGACGGCCGCCGGACUCGACCUAAGCGACACGGUGGAGGCAGAUUUGUCCAAGAACCGUUUGUCGGAUGUCCCCUCUGAAGUGUGCCACUUAGUGGCUUUGGAGACCCUCAACCUGUACCACAACUGCAUCAGGAGCAUCCCGGAUACAGUAAUCAGCCUGCACUCACUCACCUCGCUCAACCUCAGUCGCAACCAGCUGAGCUCGCUUCCGGCCUGCCUGUGCACUCUACCGCUCAGAGUCCUCAACGCCAGCAAUAACAAAUUGGUCAGUCUACCCGAGAGUGUUGGACAACUGCACCGCCUCAUGGAGUUGGACAUCAGCUCUAAUGAACUGACGACUCUACCACGACACAUUGGACGACUGCGAGCACUACGGGAGCUCAACGUACGACGGAAUCUGCUUUGCGUCCUUCCAGAAGACCUGUCCGAUCUUCCACUGGUCAAGUUGGACUUCUCAUGCAACAAGGUGUCGACCAUUCCUUUAAGCUACCGGAAGAUGACACAGCUGCAGGUCUUGCGGCUAGAGAGCAACCCGUUGCAGAGCCCUCCAGCACAGAUCUGUCUCAAGGGCAAAAUUCACAUCUUCAAGUACCUCAGCAUGGAGGCAUGCCGCAGUGACAAGAUGGUCGAUGCACUCUAUCUGCCCGUUAUUGAGCGCCUCAGUCUAACACGGGUGGAGGACAUUGAGCAGCAGAGGAAGCAAGACAGCGACUCAGGAGUCGGCAGCGACAUCGGAGACAAAAGGCUAUCGGCAACGGAGGUACGCAGUCCAUCGGACGAAGACAGUUUGAGUCUUAACGUGCCCAUGAGUCAUAUCACGGAGGAGGAUGGACUCAGUAAAGACGACUCCAGCGACCACAUCAGCUCUCUGACGGACCCCAGCUCGGAGCCGGUGCGACUUAUCGAGGAGAGCCCCACGGAGGCAUUGAGGGAGCAGCUAGCCUACCGAGAAACCGCCACCCCCCUCGCGAGCUACAUCAAGGAGCAUGCGACGAGGACAUCUGAUUUAGACGAGCCGCUGAGAAUCGACGAAGACACACACUGGAACACAGAGCGGCAGCCAGAGGUAUCAGAGGACAGUGAGGUGGACAUGAUCAGCCAACUUAAAGAGGCUGUGGAGCUACUUCAGGAUCCCUGCAGAAUUAACUUGGAGCAAGAAGAUCUGUGUGGGGUCCGACUGUACCCUGUGGAGAUGGUCAACGUGGAAGAGUCUGUCAACGGGCAGGACAGCGACGACGAAGUCACGUCACAAAAGCGACUGGAUCAGUCUCCAGGCAUUCCUCCCUCUCCCUCCUCCAGCGCGCCAUUUGGACUGAAACCUCGUUCAGCCCCGUCUUCGCUGCCCUGCUCGCCUCCUCCCUCCCCCUCCCGUCUUUCACAGGCCUCUCCCCUCCUCGGAGGUUUUCGUCGUAGCCGUGGCAAUGGAGGUGUACCGGACCGUGUAAAAAGUCAUUUGUUGGAGAAAAUUGUAUUUUUAAAUAAAAAAAAAAAGUUUCUUAAUUAAAUAGCACAAAACGCUAGAAACUGACAAGGCGGCAUAUGUAAAAGACUAAUGCUUCAGGCUUUGGAGGUAACCUCUGUGUUUGUGUCUCAUAAGUUAAUCAUAUAAAGCAACGCAUAGUUAGUUGCAAAAUCCAGAUACUCAGUUGACCAUCUUUAGUGUCACCUGCAGGGUUCCUCUCUAGGUGAGACACCAUGACCUCAUUUAAAGUGCGUAUGACAGGAGAAAAAAAAGUCUUAAAUACGAAUAUUAUGUGAAUUAGAAUCAUAUUUUGAGACGAUUCGACUAUAUACAACAAUUUAGCAAAGCGCAGAUGACGAGAAAUUAGUUUUUUUAAUCUGCCGUUAGCCACGCCUACCAUUAUAGGGCUCUAGCGUCCCCGACAGGUGGAUGACGUCAGCGGGAGAAUGGGCUCAUCGGUUUUACUAUUCAGCCCAUUGAGGGGGAAUAUUCACAACGAGGAAAACGCGACAAAGAGAGCCGCAAAAUGUCAUUGUUUCAGUCUCUCCACUCCAGUAUUUUUACAGGAUAUUUUUUUUAUCCAAGUAGUUUUCCCCCAAUAGCUAAAUAAAUGGCUUCAGAAGGACCAGUCAGCCCGUUGAGGGGGAAUUAUUCAGAACGAGGAAAACGUGACGAAGAGAGCCGUAAAAUGUCAUUGUUCAGUCUCUCUACGCCAAUAUUUUUACAGGAUAUUCUUUUUAUCCAAGUAUUAUUCCCUAAUCGCUAAAUAAAUGGCAUGGUCAUAAAAAAUAUCAGUCUUGUGCUAGAUGGAAUAUGAAAGAAUAAAAAUGAAUUUAUUCAAGACGACAUGGCAAAAUUACUCCAUAAUGGUCAAAACUGUCGACUUCACCUUUACUUCCUCACCUCCCGAACGAUAUUUUACGCCACCUAAAUCAAGCUUAUGUCAUUUCCCUUCCCCGGCUUCAGAGAAUGUAAACAUACCAAGAGGCGUGACAGCUAGCCGACAUGCUAACCCGAACCGAGUGAUGUUUCAAAGUCUUCGAAGCGGAAAAUCGCACAUAACUAGCCUGGAUAAUUUCACAUGACGACUGACUUGUUGAUCGUCUUCGCCGAUCGCCAACCCGCCCGGCGGGAGCAAUUUACAGCUCGUUCCCCUGCUACUAUGGACAGGAGAGCUCGCCGGGGAAGCAGCUGGACAAUGACCGCCAAACAAACCGGCCGUCGUCAGAGGAGUGUGUAGCUGCCAAAUUGUCAACACGAAUAUGACAAAAUAAUGCUGCAGUUUUUGUGCAGCUAACAUGUGCAGCUAAUGUGUAUGAGGAGAGCUUUUUACAUGCCAAUCCAUGAUCAGACGUAAGGAGUCCUUUAUGUAAAGAAAGUUUGUAGUGUUAACUUUGUAAUCGCUGUAUUCGCGGCUAUUUUAAACACAAAGUUACAUUUUCUGAUCGGUCAGAAAUUUGACAGAACAAGCUGAGUAUAGUGCUCUCCCGGCAGGGGGGAUGUGCGACAAGCCGCCGCUCGUCAGCCAAAUGGACAAGGAGCGUGUCAGCCACAAAAUGCAAGCCACCUACAUAUUAAAAUGAUCCCAGGAUUCGAAAUAAUACAAAACACGACGUUUACUCACUUCCUCGUAAGUCCCAUGGUCCCACAGUAGUAGGGGCUUGUUUUGGCCAAUAUCCACCGGUGAAUGGGAACCUUUUGAAACCCCAAAAACGCCUCUCCCUCGUACAGCAAGAUUUUUCUGCAGCCGUGAUGCGAAAAAUAAACGUAUUAAUCCGCAAAAUCAGUUGAAUCCUCAGUCCUUCUCAUACAACAGUACGGCUGUAUAGUGAAGAGGACUCCUUCCUCCGUACACGUCACAGCGCCCUCUUUCUCAACUCGAGACUGUUGCUGGAAGACAACAUUUUCAUGGCGUGGAUUCAAAAAACUAAAUAUAGCGAUCGCUUCCACACACAUCCAAGCGCUCCAUUUCAUUCAGGAGCAUAAAAUACCGCGUGAAUUAUGGAAUAAACAUGCUUUUUCGUGUCAAAGGCAACCUCAGACUUAAAGACUAAAAGGCUCUAACAAGCCACAAUAGUUCUCUUUUACUAAAAUAUGUUAAAAACACAUAAAAUAUUGCCAUUGAUUUAAAAAUCUAUGAUAUUUAGUACAGGGGGGCGCAAGGCGAUGCCAGGGGUGGCGCAUGCGACCUCGGGGUACAUGCUUGUUUUUUUUUUUUUCCCGUACUCGAAUAAAGUGUACUUGCACAUCCACUCAGUUUUCGAAAGCCGUUUUCCGGCCGGACUCACGCAGCGACCCACUGUCUUCUCCGGUUCUCACGUGUCCGCCCGAGAAGUGCCAUUUUCAGCUUGGGAUCGUCACAACGACCGCCCUCACCUACGGUUCUCCCUCGGCCGCCGAGAAUGUGCUUUUUUUUCGGGCCAUUUGCCUUUUGGCUUUGACAUUUAACACAGUGGUAGAUGAGGAAAGACCACUGUUUACUGUGUCUAAAAAUGAUUAUAGCGGACAGCCGGAAGCCAAAUCAAUUAAGACGCCACUUAAAGACAUUAGACCCCAAUCUCAUUGAUAAGCCGCUUGGUUGUUUUUCAGCGAAAAUGUGCCGAAUAUUUCCAACAAACGUCCCGCUUUUUCAGUGUUAGAUCAGUAAACCAGUGAGCAUUUUUAGCAUGCUCAGUGCAAACUAACCCCACACCAUUGCAAACUGGAGGUGAUACUGUGGGGCAGCGAGCAGCGAAAAUAAAAACUGUCCUUCUGUCCAAAGCAGGGGUCGCGUUAACCGAAUAUUUUCCGUCGUUGACCGGUUUUUUAAAACGGUGACGGAAAAAACUGAGGUCCAUCUGUCAUUUUGACAGGUUGCAAUUCAAACCCCAGACCACAGGGUGGCGAGUGAGCAUAUUAAUUAGCUAUUGUCUCUCUUGAUGCAUGACAUCGUUAGCCUUACUCGGAAAAAUGUCAAGGCAACUGAGUGUCCGAAGUUUUUUCAAAAAGCCCCAAAACGACGAUGUUGAUAAAAGAGGUGAAAAAAGAGUGUGACCGCAGAGCGCGGAUUCAGCCUCCAGAACAACAUCAAAACGGCCAUGAGGAGUCGUCUGUGAGGCAAAAGUCCAAAACCUCAUGACAAUAGCCUCUGCAGCAAUCCCACUUGAGACAUUUGAUUUUGCACAAGCGGGCACGCAAUUCAAGUCCAUGCGCACCAGGAGGAAGGUGUGAGACUGCGUUCAGGCCACAGCAGGUGAACUGGUAAUUUCAUUGUUCCAUACGUAGCCCACCUACUGGGGCCACAGUCAGCUGUUUUUGUCACUGCGGAGAAAAAGUUACAUAUUCAUCUGCUUGAUCUGUGAUGGCACGGUGUGGAUUCUCUGUUAAGCUUGUUCGGACAGAAUAUUAAUUAAAAAUGAAUGAAAACUAAAUACUAUUGAAUAUGUCAUUAUUAUCAUUUUAAAAAUUUAAGGGACAGGUAAAAGUAGAUUAUGACCGGAUUUUUAUGACCCUGUCAGUCAAAAUGACAGACAACGAAAGAGUCUAGGGCAACCUCAGGUCCAAAGACACUUUUUUUUUUCUUCUAUUCAGUUUAGUUUUUUCGGUAAAAUUUGUUAUUAUUUUGAUUAUUAUCUGAUUUUAUUUUUCAUUAUCAAAUGGUCAAAAAUGUACCUUGAGUGUAUUUUACAGUUUGGAAUGCGACUUUUUUUUUUUUUAUUCAGGCAAAUUGAUGCGCGUUAUCUUUUCUGUUACAAACAAAACAAUGUUAAUAAAGUUAUACUUUAUAAGUUGACCUCUGUUAUUUUCACUAAUAGGAAAAAAAAGGACACCAUGUGAGGCAGAGGCGUACUUAUAAUAGUAAUAUUAUAGACAAAUGAUACUAUUUACAGUAGCGGCAGAGUUUGGGGGGGCGCGAAACAUUUACGUCUUCCUUUGGGGGGCGUAACAGAAAAUAAUUGAGAAGCACUGCACUAGACAAACACUACCGGGUUACUCCAAUUCCUUCUAUGCAGCGAGACACCCUACAUACACUACCGUUCAAAAGUUUGGGGUCUAAGCAACCCCAAACUUUUGAACCGUAGUGAAUCAUAUGGAUUUUUUAUUAUGUACAAUUAGAGCUGGGAAUCUUUGGGCACCUAACGAUUCGAUUACGAUUACGAUUCAGAGGCUCCAAUACGAUUAUUGAUGCACCCCCCUCCUUUUUUUAUUUUUUAUUUUUUUAAGUUUUGUACAUUAGUUCAAAAAUUGUUCAAAAAUACUCUCAGACUAAACCAAACUACUAUUUCAGUAUCAAGUUCGCAUAUAGCAGUAAACAAAUAUACAAAAAUAACAUUAAAUAAAAAAAAAAAAAACUCCAGUCCCCAUUCUGUAUCAGCAGCUUUAAACUACAAUCAAUUAAUUUAAUGUUGUGAAUCAACCGUUAAAGUUGUUAAAAUUGCUCCCGUUAUUCCAUAAUUUCCCUUUUGUCUACUUUCGACAUGUGAAAGUUUUAAAACUAUUUUAAAGAUAGAUUCAAGUCAAUAUUUUACCGAUUUAGGUAAAAGGUAGUUUAGGUAGUAUUUUAGAUAAAAAGUUAAUCAGGUUUGCUUGGAAGGUUCGCUACAACAGCCUUGCAGGGAAGUGUACUGCUUUAAGAUGGCGGCCGUUUACUAACGCCCGCAUUAGCUUUUUGUAGAUAUGCUGCUUACGCUACCGAAUCUAUAAUGCAUCUAGUCCUAUAUAAAUGAUAUCUACCGUAACAUUAUGUGGCUGUACUUUGUAGCAGCUUUUCGGCAGCGGUCAGGUAUGUUGUUGUGUUUUUUUAUCUCGUGGCAUGAGUUGAGCUAGAGCCGUGAGUUCAGCAUUGGCAUUACCUGAGGGGCCGGGUAAUGAGAAGCAUGAUGUUUAGCUACUCUCUCUCCGUUCCGUCCCGAAGACUGCGCGGCGCGCUGAGUGUGUUGUACUUCUGCUUUACUUGGCAUAUUUCAAUAAUCGGAAUUUGGAUGUCUGUGAAUCGUUCUCGAAUCUUCCACGGCCGAAUCGCGAAUAAUAUAAGAAUCGGAAAUUUUGCACACCUCUAUGUACAAUACUACGGUAGUGUAUGCACACAUCAUUUAAAAGUGGCGAUUACUUACUUUUUGUGCUUUUAUUACCUUUUCAUUGCCUCAAAAUACUUUUUGCAUGUGUUUCCCGCUCAUACUUUGAAGCAUUAUUUUUUCUUGUUGUAGCUUUAAAGCAGAUUGUUGAUCUGUUGACCACAUUAGUCACGUAGCAUAUUUAAAGCACCCCUAUUUGAUAUUACUACGUUUAAGUAUUUUCUUAAGGCAUCUUUAGUAUGUUCUGUCUGCAUGCUUCUAAACAAAACAAGCUGAAAGCACGCAGUAGUACUUUGGGCUUCAAAUUCGCCUCUUGAUGGCAUUUCGCCGGCAUAGCAAUUUUGGCAGAACACAGUUUUUUUACCCUACUCUUGUCCCGUUUCAUCCCAUCUUUCCUGUUGAUUUUGCUUUUGCUGCUCAUUUUGUGAAAUAUCUUCAGUGCUGUCAUGCCCAUUAAUGUUCCUCUCGGGUUCAGAUUGAAAAGGUUGAACAGAUGACAUGUUAUGUCGCGAGAGUCAUACUCUGGAAGCCCGACGCGCCGACAACAAUGGCAACCUACUAGUUAAACAAAUUGUACAAAUUGUAUGAAAACUAAGACAUCAACUGGGGUUUCAAUAUCAAAUUAUUUUAACUCAUGAGAACAUUUAUCUUUUAAGAACUGCAAGCCUUUCUAUCUGUGGAUCCCUUGAAGAUAGCUUUGUAUGUAAUGCAAAAGCUACCAUCUACUUUAUAACAUUCCUUUUUUUUCCCCUUUCCAAUGGUGUUUCUUCGGCGCGCCACCUAGCCAAAGCCAUUUGACCUAUCGACACCGAUCAGACCAAUACGACUGGAAUUCUUGCGCGACACAGGGUCUUUCAUUUCACAAGCAAAAAUGAACUUUUGUCCAAAAGUUGUUUUUUUUUAAAGGAAAUUUCAAAACCCUUCAUGUCCAACAGUCUUUUUUAAAAUCGCAUCAUUUACACAGAACAAAAUUCAAAGCGCUAAAAGACACAAAACCUGUAUAGAGUUUUUGCAAAAAAACAUACAUUUUGCCCACAAUUUGCCAAAUACACACCCAUUCAUGUCCAAUUCCACAAAAACUUCCAUUCACUCCUAUUGAAAAAUCUACAAUUGGCACACCUCAAAACAUAUGUAUUAGCGGUUGAGAUUUUUGACCAAAAACCUUCCAUUAAAGCCCAUUUAUAUUCGACUGGGACCCUCGAUUCCAUUGACGCCCAUGCACCCCCAUAACAUCACAGCCAAGUUACCAUCGCAGUUUCUGAAGAAAUUGCAUUUUCUAGUUAGUGAAGUUUGGUCCAUUCGAGAAAAAGUGGGCGUAUCUUUGUAGGCUAUGUUUUAAGAAAAUACGAUAGCCCCAUUUUAGUUCACCGUCGGGAAAAAAUUCACUGCUCAGAAGACAAUAUGAGGUAAGGGAUAGGCCAAUGUGACAAGCCGUGAUUGUCAGAUAUGCGCCCAGCGUGAUGUUUAAAGCAACCUUGUCCGCUGGAGUCAAACAGGCUGAACACAACACAACUAAACCUUGCAUGGGACCAGUUGUAAUAAAACUCCAGAGUACGAACCAUAUUUCAUUUCCAUAAACUUUAAAUGCUCUCAAACGCCUGGCAAUAUGGAAAACUCUGCUUUGAAAAUG